AUGGUCUAUCAACCGCGACUAUCUCCAUUAGCUACUACUAGCUUUGAUGUGUCGUCACCUUCCCUUCGUAAUGGAGGGAACAGUAACAAUCAGGAUUGGUUACGCAGAAGACAGGUGGGGAGUUAUCAAGACGAGUCUUCAUCGUUUGUUGAUACUUUACAAUCUCCACUUCAAGCGCGUCAAACUGUCAUCCCACGUUCUCAGUCAACGCGUAUAACACCACUUCCUCCAGAACAAACUCAAACUAGUGUUGCCUCGCCCCCGGCAGAAAAUUUUUCAACCCGCACAAGUACAACCUUCCAGCCGCAAAGACAAAACUCUUUCAUCAUUCAAACACCCGGACAAUCAAUAAAACGGGAAAAUGAGAGCAUUUUGACAGCUUCAACCAUAAGAUCUACCAACGUUCCGUCAUCGCAAGGAACGACACAACCAUUCACACCGCAACAGAAUUCAAAUACAUUUCAACAGUCGCAACUUUUAGGCUUUUCAACAACACAAUCUCCCCUAUCGCAAAGUUCCCAAACAUUUAAUAAUAGUUCAACCAGAACGACAAACCAGAACUCAUCACCUUAUAUUUUAAGUGAUCCUGGUAAAACUGUAUAUUCUACGGGAUUGUCGGGACGGUCAAUAGGGCAAACAGAAUCAACUACAAGGCCGAAGCAAGCUGAAUCGGCACUGGUACAAACUACCCCAUAUCCGAAACCGAAACAGCAACCAGCAUUUACCAAUCUUCCCAAAAAUCCUCCGAUUCCAUCUCUGGUUCUCUCAAAUACCACGACAUCAACCACAUCAAAUGCUUCGUUUGUCCCUAAUGCUUGGUUCUCGGACGGGACCCCCGUUCCUGUUCAAGUUCCGGUUUCCAGGUAUCGGAUAGCGCCGUACGUGACUCCAACAAAAUUUAGUGAGCGGUUGGUUAACGUCAAAGGCGUCCCAGCACUGUUACCCCCAGACCCAGAUCCUGAUGAAGGAAUUGAAUACUGA